CUUUUUUGGCUAUAUAUAUAUAUAUACUUAUAAAUAAGAGUAGCUACUGAGAUCAGAUCUCCCACAUACUUUUACGUUUUAAAUUCUCAUUUCAUCUCUAUUCUCUUCACCGCCGAGAUGCUCAGAUCACUAUCCAGAGAAUUUAAGUUCGUUUCCAGAGAUUUGCUUUAUAAUGGCACAAGACUACUUUCAACGAGAGCCGCGGCAGGAAGGCUAGAAGGUAAAGUAGCCAUAAUAACAGGGGGUGCAAGUGGGCUUGGAAAGGCAACGGCCCACGAAUUCGUCAAAAAUGGGGCCCAAGUAAUUAUAGCAGAUAUCAAUACCGAGUUGGGCCCACAAGUGGCCCAGGACCUAGGUCCAUCGGCCCACUUUGUUCCAUGUGAUGUAACCGACGAGGCCCAAAUCGUGAAAGCCGUAGAAACAGCCAUGGACCGUCAUGGAAAGCUGGACAUAAUGUACAACAACGCAGGAAUAACAGGCCCAGUAUUCCCACCAAGCAUAACAGAGCUUGAUCUCAACACAUUUGACCAAGUCAUGAACAUCAACGUUCGAGGAACUCUUGCAGGAAUAAAGCAUGCGGCACGUGUCAUGAUCCCAGUGGGCUCAGGCUCCAUUCUAUGCACAGCAAGCAUGAGUGGGCUCAUGGGUGGUAUUGGGCCUCAUUCUUACACAAUAUCCAAAUUUACUAUUCCUGGGAUAGUGAAGUCUGCAGCCUCUGAGCUAUGCCGGAAUGGGGUCCGAAUCAAUUGCAUCUCACCAGGCCCAGUGGUCACACCACUAUCUGUGGCCCAAUUAGCCUUGUAUUAUAAAGGUGCAACAAUGGAGAAGUUGAGUGAGAUUGUUAAUGGGCUUGGUGAGCUCAAGGGGGCCAAGUGUGAGGAAAUAGAUGUGGCCCAUGCAGCUGUAUAUUUGGGCUCAGAUGAGUCCAAGUAUGUAACUGGCCAUAACUUGGUUGUGGAUGGUGGAUUUACUAGCUUUAAGGAUAUGAAAUUACCUUCCCCUGAUCAAAUAUUGUAAGAACUAGAAAUUUGGUUUUUGACACUGUAAUAGUGUUUUUGCAUUAUGAGCCUUUUGGGGAGGCUUUCAAUGGCUAUGGCUAUGGCUAUGGCUAUGGCUAUGGCUAUGUAUGUGUUGUGUGUUUGUAUUUUGUACUUUUGGCUAGCGAAAGAAGUUAACUAACAAACUUUAAAGAA